GGAAAUUAGAAUUAAAAAUAAUAAGUAUGAUGCAUUCAAAUAUUCUCAAGAACCAGCAGAAAUAGAGAAUCUUUUUAGAAAUUAUAGUAUUAAUGAAUUGCAACAAAAUAAAAUUAGACUUAAAAUGAAUGAAUAUUAUUUCAGUAAAGACAAAAUCAUCAAAAAUAAUAAAGAUCGAGACAAAAUAAGUAAGAAAGAAAGAUUUGUCAGCAUCAUAGAAAAAGCAGAAAAAUUUAUUAACAAAAAGAAAGUUAAAAAGUUUAUAGAUAAAUUUGAACCAAGUAAAAAGAGUAAUCAUAAAAUAUUAGAAUGA